AUGUCCACUCUCUCCCAGUACCUAUCAUCUCACAAAUCGCGAUAUCUCAAAGACAUCAAAAACGGAAAAGGGCGUAACUGGACCGUCGUAAUCGGCAACGAGGCGGGCGACCUGGAUUCUGUCGCUAGCUGCAUCGCAUACUCCUGGGUUCGCACAGAGGUUCAUCAGCAACUCACUAUACCGCUCAUCCGCACUAAACGACCUGACUUUGUACUCCGCGCUGAAAACACCCAUGCUUUAUCGCUUGCUGGAAUAGAAAGCAACUGGGAUGAGCUCCUUUGUCAAGACGACCUUCAGUGGGAUCAGGCCUUCCCUUCCAACAAAUUCGCCCUUGUCGAUCACAAUUCCCUCCACUCCGAAUAUUUAUCUCACAAUGACGGCGCCCAAGUAGUUGCUAUCGUAGAUCAUCACGAUGACGAGCAAAAAUACAAAGAUUCCGCUCACCCGCGCAUCAUUGCCCCUUCUGGCAGCUGUGCCUCACAUAUCGCCCAUCUUUGUCCCCCAAACCUACUUCCUGAGCUUGCAAACCUAUUGCUAUGCGCCAUUUUAGUCGAUACUAAUGGCCUGGUGGCUGGAGGGAAAGCUUUACAGGUUGAUCACGAUGCAGUCGUAUUCCUGAUACCACAAUCGACACUCCUCUUCCUCUCAUUCCAACCUGAAGAUCUACCAAACAUGCCCGAACUAAAUGAUUUGUCGGGUACUUUGAGAGACAAAAAGAAUUCCGUAUCUCAUCUGCAGACUCGAGAUCUUCUCCGUCGAGACUAUAAAGAAUACGAAUUCGUUCCAUCAUGGGCGCCGUCGAAAUCUGCGAUUCACGCGGGUAUGUCUACCGUUCCUUUAGGUUUCAAGCGUUGGAUCUUCCAGGAGCAAGAACUAUUCUUCUCUUCAACCAAGGAGUGGAUGGAAGAAAGAGACCUUUCUGUCCUAGGAAUAUUGACUACGUUCCGCCGAAAUAGCAAAAAGAGUGGUAAAUCGAAACACAAGCGGGAGAUGAUGUGGAUUAUUCGCGAUACCGGCGCAGAGGGUGCAAUGCAAACACUAGACGCACAGGAAUUAUCAUCGAGAGUAUGGUCAGGUUUCGAAGGUGAUCCCGAGCUGCGGCUGAAAAAUAUGGCUUUCGAGGACUUUGGUGUACAUCAUGCGAUGAUUGAUUCGUCGCUGCGAGCCAGGAUAUAUAAACAGAAAAAUUCGGACGCGACGCGGAAGACGAGUGCGCCAAUUCUCCGUCGUAUCAUGGAGGGCCCUUCGGCACAGCUAUAA